GUUGGACUCAGAUCUGUGAUAGAGCAAUUUCCUGGGAAGCUUGAUUUUGUCCUGUUGGAUGGGGGUUUGGUCCUAAGCCAUGGCCACAAGCAGUUGAUGUGCUUGGCCAGGUCUGUUCUCAGUAAGGCGAAGAUCUUGCUGCUGGAUGAACCCAGUGCUCAUCUGGAUCCAAUAACAUAUCAAAUCAUUCGAAGAACCCUAAAACAAGCAUUUGCUAAUUGCACAGUGAUCCUCUGUGAACACAGGAUAGAAGCAAUGUUGGAAUGUCAACGAUUUUUGGUCAUAGAGGAGAACCAAGUGCGGCAGUACGACUCCAUCCAAAGACUGCUGAGCGAGAAGAGCCUCUUCCAUCAGGCCAUAAGCCCCUCGGACCGCCUGAAGCUCCUACCCCACCGGAACUCCAGCAAGCACAAGUCCCGAUCCAAAAUCACUGCUCUGCAGGAGGUGACCGAAGAAGAGGUGCAAGACACCAGGCUGUAGAAAGCAGUACCCGUGUUUGCAUGGAGCGCUCACACGUGGACUUGUAGGAGAAAGGUUUAUGCCUCAGAAAACAAGGAUGAGUAAUGGUAUUUUUUAAAAGGAGACGUUUCAGUAAGAGGAAUUAGGGACGUUUACUUCGGUCUGGAUAAGUGGCUUCCCGGCAGUGGUCUAAUUGUGUGACAGGUACUUCACAUCCUUGAAGAUUUACCACUUAGGUUUGCAGCCAGAUUUUCCUGAAAACCUUUUCCUUUCGUUAGUCAUUGGAAAGGUGGCUGUACAUGUCAGCCAGCUUAAUUGUUCCACUUAUUGUUUAGUGAAAUUCGUUGAUUUGUAUUAUUGGAGAACUGUAAUUAUACUAUUUAGACGCAGUGGUUCUCAACCUUCUGGCCCUUUAAAUACAGUUCCUCAUGUUGUGACCCAACCAUAACAUUAUUUUCAUUGCUACUUCAUAACUGUAAUGUUGCUACUGUUAUGAAUCGUAAUGUAAAUAUCUGAUAGGCAGGAUGGUCUUAGGCGACCCCUGUGAAAGGGUCGUUUGACCGCCAAAGGGGUCGCGACCCACAGGUUGAGAACCGCUGAUAGAGAGAUGAUUAACUUAAAACUUUAGUGGCUUAUAUUUCUUUUUCUCUAAUAUCUCCAAGAUGUUUAAAAACACAACUAUAUGUCUGAUCAGUAUUCAGACUGUCCCAUUUCUAAGCGAGUAUUAGAAUACUGUGAGAGUCACAAGACAGCCUGUCAACAUAUGUACUGUGCAGUACCUAGGUAUCAAUCAGGAGAGAGAACUUCUGGAAUCCUUUAAAUCAGGGUCAGUACUAUUCUUCUACCAAACAUUCAAAAAAUUCAGAUAAUAAGAAUACAUCCCUUACCUGGGAAAAGUCUGUUACAGUUCCAAGUAGGGGACAGGAUAGCUCUCUUCAUGUGGAAGUUGACAUGCCUUUCCACAGCUCUCAGAAAGUAACAAGCUGGUAAGACCUCUGAACUGAAGGAUGGCUGGAAAAAGGUUUUAAUAUAAAUUGGUGAGAAAAACACAGGCAGCUAAGCCAUGGGGCUGCAGGUAUAUGUACCAGAAAUCUGAAUGUCUGGGUAUACAUGGGGUGAUGUCAUGUGCAUUGGCAGACUACUCUAUGCACAUCAUACUGUAUAUACUGAGUGGGAGAGAUAGUGGGAGACACACUAAAGAAGAAUCAAUCACGAAUUCUAUAUGCUUCUGUUUUAUAAUUUUGUGAUGCAAAAGAAAUUUUCUCUAGGAAAUAGUAUUUAUUUUAAUAAUGUUUCAAACUCACAUAUAAAUGGCUAUAUUUUAAGAAUGAUUAUAUUAUGAAUUACAUUUGUAUAAAAAUUAUAUUUGAAAUUUUGACUUGUAAUGGCACUAGCUAUUUUUAUGAUAUAUUAUGUUAAGCCUGGGGGUGGGUAGGGGGAGGGUAAUGUUGACCAGGGGCUAUAAAUUACCUUGAAGGUGUGGAGAGAAGCAUCAGGGCUCACACAGAUGUUGCACACACCUGGAUAAUUUCCAGACAGCAUACAGGUUUCCUCUUAGGUGCAGCUUUAAAGAAAAUAGUACCACGAAAUCUGACUACUCCUAUCAAGGACACACUACUUCCAACUCCAAACUAAAGAUUGCAUUCUAUUUUUUACUGUAAGAAUAUAUCAUUUGUCAAUAAAAUUCACAUAUUUGUGUGAAACUUA